UUUUCUUCGUCAUUCGUCUUCUUGCAUCCUUUGCUCGUUUUCGACAUUCCUGGAUUUAUCUCAUGCUCUUUUGAACCUCGGGUUUAUAGUCACCUGGAAUUUUUCCCGAGGAAAUCUUCGUUUCUCCUUUUUCAAAAGUGAGUCGGUGGGAAAUUGAAUCGGGGAAGCUCCAGAAAUGGCCGCCUCGACCACGACCAGCGCCGUCUACAUCCACGUCAUCGAGGAUGUCAUCAACAAGGUCCGAGACGAGUUCGUCAACAAUGGAGGACCAGGAGAAAGUGUUCUUAACCAGCUUCAAGCUAUUUGGGAAGAUAAGAUGAUGCAAGCUGGAGUUAUAAGCGGUCCGAUAGAUAGGUCUUCUGCUCAGAAGCCGACACCAGGAGGGGCAUUAACUCCCAUGCACGAUCUCAAUGUACCGUACGAGGGAAAUGAGGAGUAUGAGACUCCAACGGCAGAGAUGCUUUUUCCUCCUACCCCUUUGCAGACCCCUGCUCCUACUCCUCUCCCUGGAAGUGCUGAUAACUCAAUGUAUAAUUAUCCCACUCCUGCGAUUGAAAAUGGUAUUAACAAUGAUGUUAAAGGUCCCAGGCCUAGUCCAUACAUGCAAACUCCUUCUCCAUGGGCAAAUCAAAGGCCACUCAGUGUUGAUGUCAAUGUUGCUCCUACUGAAGGACGGGAAGAUGUGGACAGAGGAACCUCCAGCCAACCACUGUCACAGGACCUCGUGAUGUCUUCUGGAAAGAGAAAACGUGAUGACUUUUCUGGGCAUUACUCAAAUGGUGGAUAUAUACCCCAGCAAGAUGGAGCCAGAGAUGAUGUCCCAGAUAUCCAGUCAACUUUGACAAAAUCUUCUUGGAAGAUUCCUCAAACGGAUGGGCCGAUUCCUGAUAUUUAUGAUGAAAUGCUUUCUACACCCAAUAUUUACAAUUACCAAGGAGGCAACGAAGACUAUAACAUCGUCAACACCCCUGCUCCAAACGAAUUACCCGCAAACACUCCGGUUCCUGUACAAAACGAAAGGAAGGAAGAAGAAGAAGACGAUGAUGAUGACGAGAUUCUGAAUGAAGAUGAUGAUGACGAAGAAGACUUGGAUGAUAUUGAUGGCGAAGAGGAUAUGAACACACAACACUUGGUCCUUGCUCAGUUCGACAAGGUGACUCGCACCAAGAGCCGGUGGAAGUGCACGCUCAAAGAUGGCAUAAUGCACAUAAACAACAAAGACAUUCUCUUCAACAAGGCCACGGGAGAGUUCGACUUCUAGUGUGGAGAUCUGGGAGAGGUUUUCUUCUGUUUGCUCUGUUGUGUAGUAAUCUACUCUGGUACCUCUUUUGAGUUUAUUUGUCUAUCCCUCGUAUGCUGUACAUAAAGAAAGAGAGCCUCUUCGCUUUAGGAGGGUGAAUAAUGAAUAUAUACAUACAUAUCCUGAGUCCGUCUUAUUAUAGGGUUUGGUCUCUGUUAAACGACCGCAACACGUUCACGAAUCAGAACAUCCUAUAUUUAAUGUAACUGCCAUUCAGUUUUCGUUUU